CACAACAUAUAUUUAUGAGGUGGCAGAAGAGGUGGAAUGGGAGUGACUUUAGGAAGCAAUUUUGGGUGUGUGCUAGGAGUUCAUUUGAGGAGUAUUUUCAUGAUCAGCUAGAGAAAUUGGAUGCCCUAGGCCAGGGUUCAGUUGAGCAUUUGUUAACUUAUCCACCUCACACAUGGUGCAAGGCUUACUUUGCUUUCCAUUCUAAGUGUGAUGCGGUGGACAACAACAUGUGCGAAUCAUUUAAUGGUGAUUUACUCCAUGCUAGGAAAAUGCAUGUCUUGUCCCUCCUAGAAUGGAUUAGGAAAGAUGCUAUGGCUAGGAUUUACAAGAAGAGGCUUGAGAGUGAGAAAUGGUUUACUAAAGUUAGUCCUAAGUCUAUACAAAUGCUGGAGAGAAACAUGAACAGAGCAUGCAACUGCCAUGUAGGUUACAAUGGGGAGUUUGAUUAUGAAAUCACUGAAGCUGAAAAUGGGCAUACAGUGAAGAUUGAUAAGAGGACCUGCACUUGUAGAUCAUGGGAAUUGACAGGGAUUCCCUGCCCCCAUGCCAUUUGUGCCUUGCAUCAUGGAGACAAAGAUUUGAUAGACUACAUUGAUGGAUGGUAUUCUAAGGAGAAAUAUAGGGCUAGUUAUGGAUUUGUGAUGAUGCCUAUUAAGGGUAAGGCAAUGUGGCCCAAGACCAACAAGGAGCCUCUCUUACCACCUCAGGCCUUCAAGUCUGCUGGAAGGCCAAAAAGAGCAAGAAGAAAGGAUAAGGAAGAGCCAAAGCCAGCUGGAAAACUUUCUAGGCAAGGGACUGUGGUGACAUGCAGUUACUGUCAUGGCAGAGGCCACAAUGCAAGAGGCUGUGAUAAAAAGAAAAAGGGCAUCCCAGUUCCUGAUUCUGACAAGGGCAAGGGCAAAGCAGUGGCCUUGGAGGAUUCUGAAGAAGAAGAAGAAGACACACCCACAUCAGCAGCUAAUAAGGUGAGGAGGACACCAGGUGGAGUACAUAUUGGUACUCCACAAACUGAUGCACCAAGGCAACACAUUCCAGCUAAUAGUAGGGAUAAAGGGAAAGGAAAGCUUCCAAAUUACCAAAGCAAGAAAAAUCAAACAAACACAGUGGGAGCUGGAUUGGUUCGUGAUCCAAACACAGGGGAAGUGACAUUUAAUCCUGGUAUGCUAGGAGAAAAGAUGGCAAAUCCAUCAACAAAUCCAAUCCCAAAAGAACUGCAGAGAAAGAUACAUCACAAACCAACCACUGUCCAGUAUGAAGGAAGGCCCUUUUAUGGAAGAUUCAGAGCACCUGGACCCCAAUGGAAUGGCAGUGAAAGCAUCUCAACAACACAAUUGGAAUCUGAAGUUCAGAGGAGGAUUGGACAGUUGCACAACACAAGGUCAACUGUUGCCUCAGCACCCAAUCCAGCCUACAACAGUUUUGGAAUCCCAACACCACCCACCUUUUACAGUGUGGGUCCACCACCAUUCACUGGGGCUGUUUCUGGCCAAUCCCUUUCCCAAACUGAUUCCAAUUCAGUUACCACACCAUUGGGUAACAUGCAGCAAUCUACAGCAAUGGGAUCACAAGUCUCCCAAUCUGGAUCACAACUCAGUGGACUGCAAGAGAUGCCUGGGGGAGGUAGACCUAGUGGCAGAGGGGGACCUAGUGGCAGAGGGGGACCUAGUGGCAGAGGUGGUCCUAGUGCAAGAGGCCCUGCUGGAAGAGAAAAAGAAAAGCCAAGGAAGAGGGUCAAUAUCCCUUUCAAGCCCCCAGGUGCAAGACCAGACUGGAAGCCAUGAAGAAACUAGGAAAGCUUUUUGUUUUUGGAAUCCUACUGUAAUUAUAGUGUCAUUUUGGUUUGCUUUUUGUGAAAACAAUGUGCAUGUGCACUAACUUUUUAGGUUUUGUAAGCCCUUAUGUGGCUUGGUAUGUACAAACAGUUUGAUUAUGAGCUCCAUAUUUCUGGUUUUUUUCCAACUUCUUCUGUUGUGUACCUUUUUUUUGUACCCUUGUUAUGUUAUUAUGUCUUAUGCAAAUAGAGUCCACUUUUGAUUACACUACUUCUUGCAAUCACACAAAACA